UACGGUUUUCUGUUGAUGAUCAUUCAUGUGUAGAAGAGAUUUUACAGGAAGUAGUUGGUGCCAGGAUUGUCGUUGCUUGCUGGAUUGUGAGUGAUGCUUUGUGGGUUUUGAGAAGCUCCAGUCGAAGGGAAGCAUUGCCACUGGGAAUAUCGGCUAGAGGCCCUAAAGGCAGAGAAUUCCAGCGCUGAACGUAUACGGUGGGAAUCUUUCACACAGCUAGCUGGUUUGCUGUAGAACACCAGCCCGUCCCUGUUGGCAUAAUAGAGUGCCGCUACUUUUACAAUAAGGAGCUGCACUGUUGGUGUGUAUGGGGAACUAUUAGGCAGAAGUGCAGAAAUAAUUAAUUGGUUUCAUUGUCACGUACCAUUGUGUGGCUUAGUCACCAUGGCUCACACUAUAUUCUUUCUGCUUACUUGUGCCAUACUGGGACAUUUCACUUCUGAAGCAGCAACAUGGCACUUAAGACGGAUCCCCUGGAUGUUCACUACGGUUAAUAGUUUCACUUGGGCCAACUGUGAUGGAGAAAGCCUCCCUGGGAAGAUUAAAAGUCUCUCUGUUAGCCCAGAUCCUAUUUCCUUACCAGGAGAUUUGACCGUCUCUACAGUUCUUACUACUACAGUUCCCCUGGUUUCUCCACUUAAGGUUGUUAUAAGUGCAGAAAAGAAACUGUUCGGUGAAUGGAUAAAAGUGCCAUGUGUAGAUAACAUUGGGAGCUGCACUUACGAUAAUAUCUGCGACUUCCUAGAUUUAUUGGUUCCUCCAGGACAGGAAUGUCCUGAACCUCUGCAUUCCUAUGGACUCCCCUGCCAUUGUCCAUUCAGAUCAGGAUCCUACUCACUGCCAGAAACCACUUUCACAAUACCAAAUGUUUCUCUCCCAUCCUGGCUCGCAAAUGGCAAUUAUCGAGUGACUGUAAUUCUGGAGGCUGGAGAAAAAGAAAUGGGAUGUGCCAAAUUCACCUUUUCUCUGGCUGCGUCCUUCAGUUGGUGGUUGUGAAAAACUCAUCACAUGACUAAAAGAAACGGAAAAGGGAGACAGAUAAUUCUUUAAACAGAUUAACCCCCAAAACUGAAUAACACGAAAUGGUACUCUUAAUGCCGAUUUAUUUAUAUUGCUUUUUAGUAUACAGACGUUUGCACUUGUCAUGUGCAGAUAGAGAAACAAACUAACGCUCGACUUGCCUGACCAUCAUAUGUUGAAGCCUUUCUGAACAAAAAGCAUAACAUUUAUUUUUAAUGGUUUUUUUGCAUCUACUAUUUUUUUUAUUUUUUUUUAACUAAUACCCUUACAGCUGAUAGCCAGUUUUAAAAUUGUAUUUGUACUUAUAAAAGCAAGGUUAUGUUUUGUGUAGUUUCCUAUAAAGAUUAAACUAAUUGAGCUUGGCAAUCAGGAAUUUACCUUCUGACAGUGUUUUACAGACCUGAGAAAAACAAUCGCUAAUCGCAAGGAGUACAAAUUUGUGAAAGAAGAGUAUUAUACUGUUGAAUAAAUGUAUUUAGUAAAGUCUUACUCACAUUGUACAUUUUUCAUUUAAAACUGUUAAUUUCUAAUUUAAUAAUGUACAAGAGCAAUUAACUGAAUAAAAUUUUAACCUAA